AGCGUCGGCGUCUCUGGUCCCCGGUGAGUGCCGCCGAAACCCCGAGCGCCUUCGGAAGAGCCCUCAGUACCCAGUGGAGGUGUGCGCGAGUCACGCGACGGCUGUGGCGCCCGCCGGACGACAGAACCCCGUGCGGGCUGGGUGCUAGCGGCCCACCCAAAAAGGCCGCGAGCCGUCCAGUAGCAGUGCAGUAGUUGCACGAGACGCACCGGCGAUACCUCCAGGGGAUACCUGUGCACCUUUGGCGAGGAGGAGCAGAGCACAGCAAAGCAGUAUGGCCACCACGUCCACCGUCGCACCGGGGGGCGAUCUGGAGGCAAUCACGCAACGGUCGAACGACUCCAUCGAACCGGCCGGCCAGAGCCCCGGCUUCAUCACACUCACCGUGCCGUCGAUCGUGGAGGAUCUGUCCGAUGCGGACGCCGCCCGCCCAUCAACACCGACCACCUAUCAAAAGCGGCCCGCCUCGAUCUACUCGACCGGCCGGGCGCCACCAAUCAUCCGCGCCGUCUCGUACCAACCGUCCAUCGCGGCCGGCUCGACGCACGCCUCGGGCGAUGGGCACGUGCCGCCGCCCUCGACCGCGGAGGAAAAGUCCAAGUUUACGCGCCGCUACCUGGCGGGCGUCACCGGCAUCAGCUACGCGCUGUUUCUGAUCGUGUUCGGGCUGAUCGCGUUCAUCACGGACGCGGUCGAGAACAAUGCGCGCUACCCGCUGGCGGAGGUGUUCGCACUGUACAUGGUGGCGGUCGGCAUCCUCUACUUUGUCUUCCUGUACGUCGACAUCCGGGUGUACGUGUGGCGGGCGCAGAAAGCGCUCGAGGAGCUGCAGCGGCGCCGGCAGCUGUACGCCGAGCAGGCGCUGGCGGCCGAGUCGGGCACGCUCGGGAACGGCGGUGGCCCGCUGGAGCUGUCCGCUGCCGCGGUCCGCCCGGAGUGGGAGCUGCCGGCGCUGAAGCCGAUCCGGCACGAUUACUGCUUCGUGACGGGGCGGCACGGCGAAAUCAUCUACCUGAAGCUCGGCGCGACCUGGUUCUGCUUCGGGCUGCUCAUCCACUCCGUGCUGCUGCUGUCCUACCAGGGCAUCCUGAUGAACAGCCGGGACGGCAAGUGGGCCCGGUGUGCGUCCAACACGACCAUCGCGAUGGAGGUGCUGUUUCUGUUCUACUGUCUGUUUUUGGUGUUUUUCUUCUGGAAGUACGCGAACAUCGUCAUCAACCGGUACCGGGGGCUGGCCCGGUUCGGCAUCAUGCACGCGAUCGGGACCGCGCUCGCCUUCUGGGUGCUGACGAUCGUGCGCGAGACGGUGGUGGCGAUCCGCAUCAAGCAGGCGUACUACGACGAUGGGAAGCCGGCGGUGGAGGAAGCCGCCGUCGCGCACGAGGAGCCGGGCCGCGACUCGUCCAUGCUGGCGCCGAUCGACUGCCCGGGGCCGGAGGAGCUGAACCAGGUGCUGGCAUCGUUCUCGCCCUACCUGUACCCGUUCGUGAUCGAGUUUAACAUCCUGAUCGUGGGCCUGCUGUACAUGAUCUAUGCGAACAUUAGCAAGUGCCCCAAGAAGAUCACGGUGAAGGGGCACAAGGGGCACCAGGCGCACGGGGACGGCGCCGCCUCCAAGGCGGGCGGGAGCGUGAUGGACUUCGAUGGGAAGAGCGAGAGUAGCGACCACUGCAACGACACGCUGGACCAUGAGGCACAGGUCAAGUCGCGGCUGGUGGUGUACGGUGACUGUCAGCAUGCGAGCCGCGGGCUGUUUGCGGGGCUGAUACUGGUCGUCGCCACCAUCGUGGUCAUCAUACUGUUCCACAUUGCCGCGCGAGACGACGACUACCGCGACACGGGCAUCCUGCUGGACGGCAUCUUCGAGGUAACGGUGCUCGGCAUCAUGAUCUUCGCGACGAUCGCCGCCUACUACCAGACGACCCGGCUCGACAUCAACCCGCACCCGAUCUCGCGCCUCGACGACGUGCUGCUAUUCAUCGCCAUUCCCGCCUUCUUCUCCGAGUCGCUGUUCAGCAUGAUACCGGCGUUCGAGAACAGCUCCAUCCUGAACGGGUUCAUCGUGUUUACGCAGCUCGCCCAGAUACUGAUACAGACGCCCUGGAUCUGCGACGCGCUGCGGCGCUGCUCCAACACGGAGGAGCUGCAGCAGAAGAAGCCGGGCAAGGAGCUGGUCACGUUCAUGACGAUCGCGAACGUGUCGCUGUGGGUGUACUACACCUUCUCGGUGAAGACGGGCGACUUUGGGGACGAGCGGUACGAGUACUACGGCGAUGUGCUGUGGUCCAUCCUGAACCAUCUGUCGCUGCCGCUGAUCAUGUUCUAUCGGUUUCACUCGUCCGUCUGUCUGGUGGACAUCUGGCGCCAUUCGUACGAACCGGGUGAGAUGGCACAUUAAGGUGGCAGGAGGGGAGAAGGAGAGGGAACAGAAAACGCAAAGUAUUAUCGGUGCUAUUAUUAGUAAAGCUGACCCUGAUUGCUAGUUUUUCGGAAGUCCGGUCGGCAUCCAGGACUGGCAGGGCAGCGAUUAGGAUUAGGAUUAGGGUUACUUAAGCGGCACGUAGAGUGCGUAGUAGAUGGAGACGGAGUCACCGUAGCAGGUGACUGUGCGCUGACGUACGCAGCUGAUGUCACGUGAGGCUCACUUCCUGCAAUGGCACGGCGAGGCGGCGCGAAACAAACAAUAUGAGGUGCGCUAGGAACUGACGAGAACGCAGAGAAUAAAACAAAAAACACGACAAACACAAACAGUA